GUUAUUUGAAAUAUUUCUUAUUUAUACGUUGAUUAUAACAAACAACGAUAAUACAUGAAAUAUUCAGAAAUAUUAUCCAGCUGUGCAAAGUGCAAUAUUUACAAAAGGAAGAAAAAAGAAAAAAUAUUGACGUUAAAAAUACUUUUAAUUAAUAGAUUAAAUAAAAAGACAAAGUUCACAAUAUAUUUACCUCGAUUAAUCGUGACUCGAAAUAUUUCAACUCGAUUUUUUACGUUUAAGAGUGUGGUAACCAUGAUUCGAAACAAUAUGGCCUCCUUGUAGAUAUCAGUGUUUACGUGUAACUCGCCCAACAAUAUAGAUAAUUAUUAAUAAUGGCCAAACCGAUUGUUUUCGUCACGGGAAAUGUUAAAAAGUUGGAAGAAUUUAUCGCCAUAUUGGGAAAAAGUUUUCCUCGUGAGAUAACGAGCAAAAAGAUAGAUCUUCCAGAAUAUCAAGGUGAGAUCGAUGAUAUUUGUCGGAAUAAAUGUCGCGCAGCAGCCAAGAUCGUUAAGGGUCCGGUAAUCAUUGAGGAUACUUGUCUCUGCUUUAAUGCGAUGAAAGGACUUCCAGGGCCGUAUAUAAAAUGGUUCUUAGAAAAAUUAGGACCUGAGGGAUUAUAUAAAAUGCUUCAUGGUUGGGAGGACAAAAGUGCUGAGGCUGUUUGUACAUUUGCUUAUUGCGAAGAUGAAGAUAACAGUGAAGUAUUUCUUUUUCAAGGUAGAGUUUUAGGUACCAUCGUCGAUCCACGAGGCCCAAGAGAUUUUGGCUGGGAUCCUUGUUUCCAACCUUUAAAUUAUGAUCAAACAUACGCCGAAUUACCUAAGCAAAUUAAAAAUCAAAUCUCGCAUCGUAGCAAAGCUUUAGAAAAAUUAAAAGCUUACUUUGUAAAUCAAUCUUAAAUCCAUUAAUAAACAAAAUAUAUUAUUAUUAUUA